UGUGCAAGUGGAUGCUUCUCUGGAUAGGUAUUGGUGUGCCGUGUGACACCGGUUUCCUGGUGUUACAGGUGCGUUUACCUAACUGCACUAUCCAUGGAAGACAACGAAAUAGAAGCCGACAGCCUCGUGGGUGCUGAAGAUUCAAAUGGAGAUUCCACUGAGAGGAAACCAAAUAUGUUCAGACAGGAAAUUUUUACACUGAUCUCGACAGCAUCUGUAAAUUUUAGCUCAAUGAUUUGCUAUUCCAUACUAGGCCCAUUUUUCCCCAAAGAGGCCGAGCAGAAAGGGAUCAGUGAGACUGUAAUUGGAUUGAUAUUUGGAUGCUUUGCCCUGUGUGAUCUGUUGGGAUCUUUAGUCCUUGGAAAAUUCAUUGUUCAGAUAGGAGCAAAAUUUAUGCUUUGUGCUGGAUUAUUUUUAUCUGGAGGGUGUACUAUUCUUUUUGGUCUGCUUGAUAAAAUCCCAAAUGAAAUACCUUUUAUAUUGAUGUGCAUUAUAAUAAGAUCCAUUGAUGCUGUUGGCUUUGCUGCUUCAAUGACCGCAUCUUUUGCCAUCAUUGCCAAGGCUUUUCCAAAUAAUAUAGCAACAGUAUUGGGAAGCUUGGAGAUUUUUUCAGGUCUUGGACUUAUACUGGGUCCUCCAUUAGGUGGUUUUCUUUACCAGUCCUUUGGUUACGAGAUUCCAUUCAUUGUGCUGGGAUUUGUUCUCAUAUUGAUGGUGCCUCUGAACAUUUAUGUUUUGCCGUCCUAUGAUGCUACACCAAGUAAUGGUUCUUUUUGGAGGCUCUUUACCCAGCCAAAAGUUUUGCUUCUUUGCUUUUUGAUAUUUUCCAUGAGUUCAUGUCUCAGUUUUCUGGACCCAUCUAUAUCACUUUUUGUCAUUGAAAAGUUUAACUUGCCUGUUGGGUAUGUAGGACUAGUAUUCCUUGGGUUAGAAUUAUCUUACUGUUUGUCUUCACCUUUGCUGGGCAUUGUUAGCGAUAAAAUGCCUAAAAGUAGAAUAUGGCUUAUGGUGAUUGGUGGCAUUGCAACAGCACUUGUCUAUUGUUUUCUGGGACCUGCUCCAUUUCUUCAUUUAAAAAGGUUGUGUAUACACCCGCUAUGGCUGUUUGUCUUGAUGCUGGCCCUGCUGGGAUUUUCAAUUAGUAUGACUUGCAUCCCCAUCCUUCCAGAAAUCUUCAAGUGCUCAUAUGACUAUGGAUUUCCAGAUGACUUAAGCACUCUGGGCAUUGUGUCUGGUAUGUACGGUGCAGUAUGGUCUUCUGGGAAUUUCUUUGGCCCAACUCUUGGUGGAUUUCUGGUUGAAAAGUUCAAUUUUGAGUGGGCUGCAGCUGCUCAAGGAGGGCUUGUAUUUAUAUCGGUACUUUUAUUAGGAAUCUGCUACUUUGCAGAGCCCUGUUUCAGAAGACCUGCUCCUUCAAGUAUUGAAGAAAGUGAAGAAAGAGCAUCCUUACUUUCUAAUCACAUUUAAUGUUUGAGUUUAUGUUAAUUGUGAUACUGUUAUGUUAAGUUAAUUUCGUUUUCAGCUUAUUUUAAUGUGAUUUGCUUUUCUGAACCAAAUAGUGAAAAAGGUCAGAUGUUUAUAAAAGAAGUAGCUGGGUUGUUCAAGUUUGUUUUAUUCUUUUUUUCCCUACUAUAUGUAAACUGUUGAAAAGAAUGACCCUGGUAAAAUCUUACUCCCCAGAAUGGAGUUUAGCAGUCAACUUCAGACCAUAAUAUUCUGAUGCUGUCUGAUUUGAUCAAGACAAUGUUAAAACUUGCAUGCAUGUGGUCUGAAUAUGGAAGACUGAAUGUAAACAAUGCUAUUGAAAGCAUUACAAAUUGUUCUUAAGCAUAGGAGAACUGACAGAUUUUGUUGGUGUGCUACAUAAUAAUAAGGUUAAUGGUCUUUUAAAAAUAUAGGGAUAGUACUACACAAGAAUCAGAUGUAAUUUGGGGAAUUGUUCUUAAAAUGUGACAUUGUGCUAAUCCUGCACUAUACUUAAGAAUGCACAAUGAAUAAGGCAUCACAACUGUAGAUCUUGUAUAGUGCUGACCUAUUUAUUAAAUAUAUUUUAUAUACUGUAAAUCGUUUUGUUAGUUAAAACAUCAGCUGCUAUUUAAACUUUUCAUAACUGAAAAAUGUUUUUACUGGAAUGAACAAGUGUCAUUCCUAGUUAUCUAAGAGUAGCUCACAGUUCUUAAUGUGAACUGAACUCCCAAGUCAUCCUUUUACAUUUUAGUUAUGAUCACUGACUUAAAUCAGUCAGCAUUUGUAGAAGCUAUUGGAUGUUUCUUCUUUUCUACAGAUAUAACUUUGUUGUCAUAAGACAAAGAAUACUAAACUUUGCUGCUUACUUGUAUGAGAAUAUAUUCUUAUGUUGUGCCUAAGUCAAGCCCUUUGCACGCGUAAAGCAUGCUGUUUACAGAGUCAUACGGUAUAUUGUAGAGGAGUCCACUUAUUCCAAAGAAGUACGCAGGGCAGGAGACAUGGACCCAAAGUAGUGGAAGUGUUAUUCUGGGAAAGCUGUAGUUUAAAAAAUAGAUAAUUACACAAUAUACUUGUGUUUGUAAUUAAAAGUUAAAAUCAUUUGUGUAACUAUGGAGAGGAGGCCAGAAUUUAAAGUAAGGUAUUAUACUAAAAAAUGUUUAGUUUUGAAAUUCUAAAGCAAAGGCACUAUUUUCUGUGUACGGCAAUUAAUUGAAUUAUAUCCUUGGUGCUGAAAAUGUUUAUGUUGUAAUGUUAAUUAAUCAGUAAUGCAUCAUUCUAGCAGGAGUGCUGCAGAUACGUAGCAGGCCCAGAAAUUACAUGCUAGUUUAACAUUAACUAGUACUGUGUAACCCAAAAGCCAGAAAGUCGAAACUACUCUUAAACUGAGCCUGAUGCACUGAAAAAAGUUUGGUAAUGAUUCGAACUUAAUAUUUUCAAUCUGAACCAAUAUAAUUCUUUUUAGCCUAUUGAUCCCACAAUUUUUAAGUUGAGGCA